ACCUCGAUGCAAAGCUCAUAGCAUCCUUUGAAGCCAUGGGGGAAGACUUCUCUUGGGAAGACAUCAGUGUUGUGACCAUACAGGAUCGCACAGAACCCGCCAGGCGGACAGUGGCUUCUGACACCACGAGCACCUCCACUUCUGAAAGUGAUGCCGGAGAGGAAUGGCUGGACUUCCAAACCGAAGUCUUGCAACUGGAGGGAGACAAAGAGCCCCUCAGCUUUGACGACCUCUUUGGUGAGGAGAAUUCAACUGCCCAGGCGCAGAACACGGAUUUGCCCAGUCUUUCGGAGGCCGAGUCGCAGCUCCUUGCGCUGCGCGCGCGGCGCGCGCGCAUCGUGAGCAUCGCGCAGCGCUACAGCGGCCAGGAGCUGCCGGGCACGGCCAAGGCGCAGGUGCGAGCAGCCUACGGCCUCGAAGUUGAUGCGGCAGCACAGGUGAGAGCUUCGGAAGCUUCAGCCCUGGAAGGAUCUGAGCAAAGCCUCAGCACCGUUGAGGCGCCCAGCAAGGAAGCUCUGCCGAGUCAAACUGCGGUGGAAUCUUCGAAAUCUUCGGGUGCUCGAAAUGGCUACGGUGAUCAGAAUGGUUGCAGUGAGGAAGGCCUCUCUGCCACUGAACGCGUUCUGCAGCGACUCAGGAAAGAAGGUUUGGGAGACGGUCAAAAGAUCCGUGAGGGUUUGGUGAAGGACCAGGAACGCGCUGACGAGCUUUGGCGCGGCUUCCUCUGUGAUGACAUGCCGGUGGGUGGAGAUGCUUUGCCAGACCCGGAUGAGUUUUACAGGGGGAAGAGAUGAGAAAAAACAA